AUGUCUAUCAGCAGCGGGUCCGAACCCCUUUGGGAUACCGAUAAUUCAGGGCAGGUCACACAACUAGAAGAUGACACAACUUCAGCCUACGUACAGAGCAGGAGAAAGAGAGACUCAGGUCAUGGAAGUGUAGCCAAAGACGUUUCUAUCACUGCUGAUCGCAGCUUCGAGUCGCUCUCUGGAGUUCUCGACAAUGGGCAUCUUUGUUCCGCAACUGAAGAGCCCAGUCGUCUUUUCUCAUCCAAAUGCUCAUCACCUCCGUAUCAACCAUCGGACGUCCUCAAUUCGCUAGCAAACUGUCCGGCUGCACCGAAUGAGAGCCCAGGCUCUGAGACCCAACAACUUGACCAGCCGGCUACGUUGAAGAAGGCCCAGGAAAACAUUGUCAAGUCCCAGACGACAAUGAAGCAGGCCCAGAUCACUACUGGCAAUGAGUUACAGAACAUUACCAGAAGUGACGAGGCUGGCCAGACCUCGGUACUGCUACCGGAAAUCACAGCUCAGCCUCAAUGCGAAGAUCACAAGUCCGCGGCUGGAGGUUCUUCAACAGAAGAUGGUACUAAUGAUGUUGUCGAAACCUUCUGGAGCUCUUGUCACCCGAGCGAGGACAGAAUCAAGACCAUCAGUAGCGCCGAGGUCUGGUUUACCUCUCAAGAUCAAACUUUUCAGCCCAUAGACGUGGACAUGGAGUCCAAUGACCUUCCCGAGGAACCACUCAUUCCUGAAGACAUCACGCACGAUCAGCCGUCAGAACCUACCACUCAACCGGAUGAAACUAUAAUGGAUCCCGAAUGGGAUGACUGGAUUGAUAAUGAGAUCAUCAUACCUUCAGCGCCCAGUCAGAUAAAUACAUUCACGGGAGAAUUUUCUACACCAAUUGGUCCUUCCACUUCUCCCUCCGUCCACCAAGUUGGAGAUGGAUCUGCUCUCUUCCAAGACGCGUUCAACACUGCCCUUGAUGAGAUCAAUACAGAAAAUCAGGCCAAGCGACCAAAGUUUUCAAUUCCCAAUGACAUAAUCUUCCCUUCAAGUGAUGCAGAAACAGAGCGUAGAGGCAUCAACGACUUCGUCAACCCGUACCCAAAAGACCCUUGGGAAUUCUACUGGAAGAAAAGAGCAGAGACAAAGGACCAGUUUAUUGCCAGAUUUGCUAACAAUGUUCGUCAGAUGAUGUACGUCUCUGGAGAGACGGGCGAACCAUCCGUUGAAACCACGAGUAUCAUCGAAGACAUUGUGCGCCAGCAGGUCAUCCAUAUGCUCAAAAACUGCACCGAACUCGCCGCCCGCCGCGGCUCCCGCUCCAUAACGAUCAACGACCUAAUCUUCCAAAUCCGCGACGACGCGCCCAAAGUCUCUCGGCUGCGCACCUUCCUCUCCUGGAAGGACGUGCGCAAGAACGUCAAAGACUCUGAAGACAAAGGCGGUGACGCCGACAUCGGCGCCGCAGGCGAAGACCCUUCGGCCGCCGCGGGAAUUGUUCCCGGCGCAGGCGGCCCCGUCGACGACGCAGCCAAGAAGAACAAAAAGGCCAAAGUCGGCUUGCCCUGGGAACCCUCCUCCUUUUAUUCCGUUGAAGUCCCCGAGCGCGAAGACGAAGAGGACGAGGAGGAAGAAGAAAUGAAUUAUAUCACGCUCCAACGCCUGCGCAAAGCCGACGAGCGCACCAAGGCCAUGACGCGCGAGGAGUACGUAACCUGGUCCGAGUUCCGCCAAGCUUCUUUUACGUACCGCAAGGGCAAGAGGUUCAGGGAAUGGGCCGGCUUCGGGCAGGUGACGGAUAGUAAACCCUCUGACGAUAUCGUCGACAUUCUGGGGUUCUUAACGUUUGAGAUGGUGCAGAGCAUCACGGAGGAGGCGCUCAAGAUCAAGGACCAUGAAGACCUGCUCAAGGAGCGUACGGGCGAGGCGGGUCCUACUAAGAAGCGUAAGCUGCCAAAGGGCUUGUUCGACCCCCCUGGGGAGGGACGCACGCCGGUGGAGCCGAGACAUAUUCAUGAGGCGUUUAGGAGGUUGCAGGAUCCGAGCAAGAAGAGGAGGGCCAUGUUGAAUGGGACUAGACUGCAGCCGAGGACGGAUUUGUUGAUUAUUUGA